CUUUCAGCUUUUAUUCCUCCUUACUGAGUGAACGCACAAACACCAAGAGAUCUGUUUGAGAUCAACAUCAGGUAAAGAUUCAGUUUAUUAAUCUGUGUCUUUCUGUGGUUUAAUAUUCAGGAGAACUGUUUUUGUUUUAGCGUGUUUUUCUUCAUUCAUAAAUCUUUACCAAACUUAAAAAAUCAGGUGAUUUACCUCCUAAAGAAAAGAGCAGAAAUCUAUGUCUGAAUGUUUCUUUUCUCUCUUAGUUGAGGGUUAAUAUUCUGACAUUAAUGUGGUUAAAUGAUUUUAUAACAUCAAGUUAUAUAUCGGGUUGUUUGUUUCUCUCUUUAACUCUUUCCUGACUGAAUGGUUUGUGAUUUUUAGCAUCAGAUUAACUUUUUCACACAGAGAAAAUGAUUCAGUUUUGCACUUAAAUCUUUCUUUUACUCUUUAAUUUCGGUUUCAUUUCUGGUUUAAAUGUCAAAAGGUGGAUCCUGGCGUUUAAAUCAUCAAUCAUGGGCGCUGGCCUGGUGGUUUUUCUGCUCGUGUCAAUGAUGCAAGGUCAGUGGAUCGUGAUGUGGAAGUACUUCAUGAUGGCGAACAAACAGUUAGAUCACAGCUUCCCUCUGAGUCUGCAUUUGCGUUUUGACGUUUCAGGUGUCUCCUGCCAAAGCUGGAGUGCGUGGCUGCCUCAAAGCAUUGUGGGUAUCGCUGAGUCCUGUCUCACCAUCCCAUGCGGUUUUAGAGUUCCUGGUUCUUUUGAACAGCCCAUCAAAAACUGCUCUGGCGGAGCUGUUUGGAGGAGAGGAAACAAAGACGGUACCCCUGUCUUCAACGGGUCCAAUCCUACCCACAACAAGAUUCAGGUACGUCUUCUCUUAACCCUAAAAUUAGUAACACCAUCACUGUGAUUUUUACACAAAAUAAUACACCCGAGAAAAAGUACUUAUCAUCAAAAUACAUCAAAAUAGAGCUAUACAUGACAAAUUAAAGUACUUUUCUUUUGUUUUUAACGGUGCAAUGUCCAAAGGGAGGAAAAAGUGCCAUUAGGGGACCAUAUAAAAAUGCAACAAAAUAACUGAAAUUAGGCAUUUAUGAAGAAAAAAUUCCUAAAAUAAUAAAUAUAUUUAAAAAAUGUAAACUUAGUUUCUUUCCCACCCAUUCCUGGGUCAUGUGAAUCUUCCCUGGUGAAGACUCAGGGUCCUUGGCACAAUAACAGCCGCAGGAGAGAGAAACGAAAUAUGGCUGAUUUUGAGUAAAAAUGACCAGAUGACUGAAAUUUUUCUUAUCGCCAUAUGAAUUCCUUGAAAAUCACGACUUGACUAUACACAUCAAGCACGAUACAAUUUUGCGACUUUACGGGUGGGGUAAAGACGCAUCCCAAAACUUUCCCUGGCUAGAAAAGCUGGAACCGUCGUCACACGCUCAAGCCAAACGGUCAGCACUUAUAGCCAAUCACCAUCCUACAGUGUUCUACACUUCUGAUUAGACUCUAGUGUUGUGAUGGCUUUCUGUCAUGAUAGCAUGUAGUGAGUCGGGGCCAGUUCCAGACAAGCACAUCAAACUAUGGUAACAACUGUUAGCUUACGUUAGCACAGAUGAAAGUUCUCCGACACGUAAACAAUCAGCCGGUCGGCCAUGUUGGAUAUACCGGUGAAUCAGACGUCGCAACAACACGCAAUCUGAUUGGUCAGAAGUGGACAUACAGUUUGCGAAACUUUAGAAAAAUCGACUAUGAUCCGAAAAAAUAAAUGCCGCAAUAUCGCAGGCCGGGAAAACGUCGCUGAUGUGAACGCUUGUAUUGACAGGAUAUCGCACAACAAAAACAGUCCCGGUGUGAAAGGACCUUUACUCAUAAUCACUGCACUAAAGAUAGCAUGCAAAUUCCAGGACAACUCUUACUCACCUUAUUCGCCCACAUGAAGCUAUCAAAUUCACCCAAACCUACUUUACCCUCUAUCAUUAUCACCCAAACACGUGUAGGAAAAAUCAGGUUUUGGAUCAGGGAAACAAAUACGCCUUCAGAGAUGUCAAAGGUGAUGCUGAAGCUACCUAAGGACCCAUGAUGCUCAGACAAACGCAACAUAAUGAAAAUCAUGAAAACAUGUUUGGUGUUCUCAGGUUAAAAAGUUGAAUCACCCAAAAGUGAAGAGGAUCAGUUUUUUACUGUGACCUUUGAGGCAACACUCCAGGCGCAGAUGUUUUAAAGAUAUUUUUUAUAACAAUUUCCAAUUGUUGUAACCUGAAGAUACGAUUGAAGACAUGUUCUCUCCACCAAAGUUGUUUUUUUUUGUUCAGGGACGUUUCAUUGGGGACUUAAAACAGAAGAACUGCACCACCAUGUUCCUUAGCCUCCCGAAGAACUACGGCGACUUGUACUUCUUCAGACUGGAAUGUCCCGAGACCAUCCUGUACUCGUUCCAUGAAGGAGUUAACAUUAGCGUUCAGACAGGUAGAGAAAUCUCCAAACAGACAGUUCUCUCUGGAUACACCAGAAUCUUCCCGAUAUUAGGAAAAUGCUGUCCUGCUAACUAUGCUAACAAACCAUCAACUGUGUCUUCCUGUUCAGUCCCGUCUCCCCCUAAGCUGACCCCUGUGGAGCCGGUGUCAGAGGGACAUGUAGUGACUCUGCAAUGUUCAGUGCCGGUGCCCUGCUCCACCCUGCCCCCCUCCCUCACCUGGCUGCCCCAAAACCUCACCUUGCAGGAGGAGACCCAACUGCAACAGGUGAGGGAAACACUAAUUCAGUUCUUGGUGGUGUGAUAACGCUUUAAAGUCCCAACUUGAUUGUUUUCAUUUACGACUAAAAGUGUUCUCAGUGGUCUUUAAAUCAUGAUGCCUCUGAGUCGUGGGCGGAGACAGCGCUGCUCUUCACACUCCUCGUCACGCUAGCUUGCAGCCUAACAUUGUCGGUGUAGUAGAAGUGGCAGGUCACAUUGGAGCCAUUCUGCUCUCGGACACUAAUGUCUUUAGGGAUAUGAUGAAAGUUAAUAUCAUAAUUUACUUUCUUACAAGCAUUGCAAUCCACUUUCUCAGAGACUGGCUUGCAUUACAGGGCUCUGGGGGCGGAGCCUGGAUUUGUGACAUAGGAAAUCUCACUGAAUCUGAACCUGCUGUUUGGGUCUGCCAGAGAUUCACAGCAAUUUGAAUGCAGAAAGACUCAGAAAUGCAAUUUUGCACUUAUUUUUCUCAUGAUAUGUCCUGUAGCAUCAGAAAAAUGCCACAUGAACAUGAAGACAACAAGAAAAACAUGAUCCUUAUCAGAGUGGGUCUUUAAGGAUACUUAACACACUUCUUCGCACUCACACAGUGUGUCUUUAAGUGUUGAAACAGCUCUAGAUGAAUCUAAAGAAACUGCCGAAGUUUGUUGGACUCAGCUGUUUUUGCCUAAUUUCAGAAUAAUAAGAAAAUUGUAAAGAUUAAAAUGCUUUGCUUCAAUUACCUGAUAAUAAUCUGAAAUAAAAGAUAAUUAUUCGGUUAAAAAAAGAAGAAAAAAAACUGCUUGUUUUUCUGAAAGAGUUGUUACAGUUUUGAAACAGUCUUUAGAUCAGUUUUCAGUGUUUCCUGUUUUAUUUUGCAGUAGUUGAUUCCUCGUGUUUCUAGUCUGGUUUUACUUCCCUAGUUUUCCCUCCUUCGUUAAUCACUCAUGAGUUUCACCUGUGUCUCGUUUGCCUCACCUGUUGCUCGUUUCCCAGUGUGUAUAUAGUCUCUGUCUUCCCCUCUGGUUCAUUGUAUGUCGAUGUGUGCAUAUUUGCCUGUGUCCCCAGUUGCUUUCUGUGAUUUCUUUCCUCAGUGUCUUUUGUUGGAUUUUUGAAUUUUUUGGUUGGACAUUUUCAAGAAAAAUUUUUGUUGUUUUUUUCAUUUGGUUCUUUUUGAUUAAAUCCUCUGCUCUGCAUUUGGGUCUUUUUUAUGAUUAUUAUUUUGAAGCUUUAGCCAUUAGUAAGCUGAUUUAAAAUAUAAUAAAUAAACGAACUUCAAAUUAGAUCAUUUUGUGAAACACGUCUUUUUUUAAAUUAGAUGUUUUUAAGUUUAAUUUGACUAUUUUCUUGUCUCCGUCUUUCUCCUUCCACGAUUCGACACAUUUCUCGUUUAAAUUCAGAAUAAAAAGCAGCCUGAUUCACUUUGUAACUCUGAUGUUUUUUUUUUUUCUUUCUCUUUUGAAAAAAUAGAAAUCCGACGGGCUGACAUUCAUGACCUCCACGUUGACCUUCUUCGCCUCAGCUGAUCAUCACAACAGAGGCGUCGCCUGUCUUGUUUCCUACCCGCUGACAAAAGGGGGCAGCACCAAGCCGUCUGCAACCACCCAGAGACUCAAUAUCCUGUGUGAGUCACUGACUGUGUGUGUGUGUGUGUCUGGAAGUGUGAAAACUAAACCACCUUAGACCACCAAAAAAUGCAGGAGUAUAACCUCCUCUUUGUUAGUGAUAACUCCAGUGUUUCAUCAUUAGAAGUGUGCUGAUAAAUAAGUCUAAAAACACGAACAGAGCUGAAUAAAUCUUUGUCUCUCUAAUGAUUUACACUCAGAUAUUAAUGAGUGAUUAACUGUUUUACUCCCCCGUCUAUAAAAAAAACCACAAUGACACCGACUUACGAUCCAUCACCCUGAUGAAAGUGGAUUACGAAACACAGAGGGCUUGUCUCAACACGACUCUGAAUGACUGUCUUCAGGGGACUUUUUCUUUCUCUAAACAGACAGAAGCGUUUAACAAACCUGUGAGUGUUUGAGGGGCUGAACUUGUCUUGACUUGGUGUGAACGGAAGUAAUGAAGCCCCGCAGUUAUGUGUACGGCUGCACGCAUAACGCAGUCUUUGUUGUAGUGCAGGUGAAGAUCGGUUUGAGUGGGAGACUAAACAGAGGUCUAGAAAUGUAAUGAAGGAAAGUCCUGCAGCUACAAGUCUGAGUUCAGUUCGAGUGCAAAAGCUUAUAAAAGCCUGAGAAGUAAAAAGUUUGACAUAUGAAGAACGUAACAUUUGAGAUAUAACUGUUUUGAGAUGAUAUGUAUGUUAGGCCCAUUUUAAACCUGCACAGUGCUGCUUCUGUCGCCCCCUUCUGGUGGUAAGGGUAACUACAAUCCACAGUGCGUAUGUCUUCUUUUACCUGAGAAAAGCAGUGAAAGAAGAUCCACAGACUUCUUCAGUAUUUUGUUCCUUCUUCCUCCGAAAACUGUUUUUCCCCUCUGAAGCAUCAAAUACAUUCCUGGGAUGCUUUCCAAGUCUGGUAUAUUAAAUUUCAAGGGCUUCGUCCACCGCUGACAGUAAAUGGAAACAACAGAUCUGACUGCAGGUGCACCUGACAUGCCCACGAUAUGCUUUAAGAUCAAUUUGAUAACAACGGGUAACAGUAGGCGUCCACCUUGGUUUUCUGUUUUGUUUACUGGAUGGCCGUCAACUCGGGUGUAACGUCAUUCCUAGCUCUGACAUCCGACCUCCGAGGUAACUAUAACGCAGCAUUAAUUGGACCUUUUUGUGACCUAUUCUUCACCAAAAGUUUAGACUAUGCGCCUCUAAACUACCAAAAUGACAAAGUGUGGAUGCUCAGGCCUUCAUUUACUUGGCGUCGUGUGUUUUAAAUCCUCUUGUCCCUGUGGUUACAUUCAAAUUCUGGUUUAGGUCCAUAUUCUGGUUGAGGCGAUACUCCAAAUAAGGUGUUACCAUGCCAACAGAGAGCUACAAGAAUCAGCAAUGUUGCUAAUGAUAUGUAUUAAGUUGUUUACAUCGUUAAGUCCAUCAAUUCCUUUUUAUAUACUAACUGACUAUGAUUAAAUAAAAGUGUCUGCCUCUAAUCAGAUGCUCCUCGGUCCACUGUGGCGGCCCUCAGCAUGUCCAGUCCGGUCUCUGAAGGCAGUACUGUGGCCCUUAUGUGCUCCAGUGAUGCUAACCCCCCUGUUCGCCUUUUCACCUGGUACAAAGACAAUGGAGGACGGGUAGGUCAGGUGUUUAAAUGCUUUUCAAAACAUGUUUUUACUGCACUGGUCUGACUAAAACUGGACUGAGUCUGACUGAUGUAGCUCUACAUCUGAUUUCUCGGCUUUACCCAGGAAGUUCGACAACAGAAAAGUGUCGUAGGAAGCUAGAAAACAAACAAAACCUCACUGGAAAAAGACAAAUGAACAUAAAAAGGCAUAAAGCUGCUGCCCACUGAGCAUUUUUUGGUCUAAAAGAGGUCUAAUAGACGCCUAAAUGUAGCCGAGAAGACUGGUCUAAAAUCAGGCUACCACUGAAAAGUUUUCAGAUGUCUAAAUUUAGACCAAGUUUAGACUAGCCGGCUAACAGAGGUCUAACUGUAUGUUGCUCAAUGGCUAGUUAUCCAACUCACAGUUGCUUUUUUAAAUAGUUAUCGAAAAAUGGGUUAAAGUUCAACAUCUAAAUUCCGUUAAAAAUAAACUAGACGUCUAAUAGCCGUCUAUUGCUCAGUGGGUGUAUCCUACGUUGUAGCCUAUUAGCCUCUUGCUAACAUGUUUGUCGAUUGUUUUGGCAUGCGAUACACAUAAUAGGCCGACAGGAGGGCGGCCCCAUAGACAUGAUCUUAAAGGAGCUUAUCGUCACCGGCAGUAACGCAGUCGGACAUACUUUUGCCAAUAAAUUAAUUCUUGUUGACGGACAAAAACAAAGAUUAGUGAAAUCGCCUAUUGGAGCUUUAACCACAGUUUGACUCGGCAUGUAAACAUUCAGACUGUUUCCCUACAAACAAAUCAGUUAAGCUCUAAGGUUAUGUUUUUUGGUUGUUGUAGUUUUCUAACAAGAACGCUGAAAAGUCAUAACUUAAAUAAACCAGUCCUUGAUCUAUCAUUGUGCUUCAUAUUAAAGUGUGUUCUACUUGUAGUUGAUCAUACCUCAUCCCUUCUCCUCACAGCUGACUAAGAGAGCUGAGGGAGAAAUGCUGAUCCUUCAGGUCAGACACAAUGACAGCGGGCUGUAUCUGUGUGAAGCUCGGACUCAGAGGGGCUCUCAGAGGUCCACUCCUGUGUCUCUACAGGUGAUCACCCUCACUACAGGUAAACCUUCGCUCAUAACACAAACACGGUUCAUUUGUUAUUGUUGUUUUUCUUCCUAGCACUGCUGUAACACUCUAGCCUUCACUCUUCUCUGGAAGUGUUUUGCAGGUCUGGACUCAUGAUUCAGAAACAGAUCAAUGAUGAAUCAGCAAACAGUGACAGCAUAAGUAGUUCAGAUCUACAUGGUCUGAUGAUGAAGAUGGUAAUGAUGAUGAUGAUUCACCAGCUGAUGAGGCAGGAAAAUAACAACUGAAUAUAAACAAGGGAAAGUUUUUAGUAAAGUUCACAUCCCACACAGAUGCACAGUAGAUAACCAGAGUCACUGUGUUUAUCUACUUAAUGUGGCAUGUUGGGAACAGAGACCUUCAAAAUGUUGGUUUUCCUCCUAAAACCAACUCUAGAAAUCUAGAUUGAGUCAUAUCUAAUACCAGGAACCCUCCCAACCUCAACAAUCAACAAAUAUAUAAAGUGCUGGAAGUAAAACCGUGAGUGCUAAUGCUUUGUUGCCCUUGGCUAGUAUAACAGUCUCUCUAAGUAGGUCGAUCCUUGAGUAAGGCCACUUUUAGACAGAAAUGGUCUCCAUAGAAAACAGAAAAAUUUAGUUUCGUUUAGGGGGGUCCGUUUAGACGGCAACUGUGUUUUCAGGAGAUGAAAACGUAACAAAGUGAAAACCCCCUCCAGGGUGGAAAUGUUGUAAACGCUCUGCUAGUCCCGCUUUCGUUUCAAGUACAAAAACGCUCAAAACAGUCAAAUCUGUGACGUCGUGGCUCACGUCGGCUCACGCUUAUGACAUCAUAGCCAUGCGCAGCUUCCUUGAAAAUAACAACAACAACCGUGCUAGACAUUCGAGUCGUGCUGUCGUUAUUAUUGAACGGGCAGGAGCUCAAUUUCGACCUGUACAGAAUCCUCACGGAUCAUCCUGCUCAGCAGAGGAGGCGUCUGUAUUAUUUGCAUCAAAUAAUUAAUGCUUCUAGGAAGUAGAAUGGAAGUUGUUCUACGUAUGUGUUGUUGGUCUAUAUGAGAGCGCGGUCACACCAACACGCGCCACCUAGCGACCUGGCAUGCACAUUACAGCGUUUUCAACCACAUUGCGUUUUUGUGUAAACACAGCAUGUCUCACAGGGAAACACACAAGAUUUCAAGAAAUCUUGUCCAGUCUCGCGGGAACUAUCGGUAAUAUUGCGAGAGCUUCUCUUCCGAUGGCGGCGGCGGAUCGAAACUGGCUAUAUGCUUGCGUAUUUGAUCUGCCUGCCGAUCCGCGGUGGAGCGGUGCCGUUAUGGAUCCAGUGGAAUUCCCGGGUAGGAGGGGGCAAGCAUAGCUGGACAUUUUAAUUUAAGGAUAAUAUUGAUUAUAUGAACGGACCCUUUUCAACUUGAUUACCAGUGACAAAACUUCAUGACUCCUCGCCAAAGACAACAAUCCUACAUUACAAUUUAAGGACUAUUCUUAAGUGUCUUGCAAUUUGUCUUUUAUUACUAAAUAAACCAAAGACACCACAUCAGCUUCUGGAUGUGGAGCUGAAACUUUUGGCGCUCCCCCUGCUGGCUGACUGCAGUACUCAAACUACCAAUUGGGACCACAAACUAAUUGGCAAAAUGUUAAUCCGGCGCUGUUUAUUUUUUAUUAGCUGUGGAAUAAUCUGCUGUUUGUAUCGAGUCAUGUUCGAUUCUGUUUUCAGACAGUGGUCAUUACGCUCUGGUUGGUCCCUACAUCAUAUGUGGAGGACUGUUGGGUCUUUUCAUCCUGGUUGUUGCUGUGGGGGUACACAAGUACAAAAGGUGAGGCUAAAAGAAUGAGAUCUGAGAGAGUGAUCUGUAUUUAACGCAAAGACAACCUUUCGAUUUUAAAAAUGAGAAUAUUUGCCAAUUUAGGUCGAAGGUUGAAUUGCAACAGGGUAUAAAAGGACUGCAAAUGGGCCGAGUCUGUGAGAGGUGGAGCUGUAAAAAACGUUAACCACUGUAUCAGCAAAGAGGUCAACAAGUUCAGAAUUAUGCAACGACUUCAGGGGUUUGAACGCAGGUUAAAAUUGGAACAUGCAAACUGAAAACCUUAUCUAGAAAUGAAAGGGAAACAUUAUAAACUUCCCUGGGACUUUGUGGUUCCACAAAUCAUAAAUUGACAUUUUUCUUGGUAGUGUUGGACACCACAUCCUCAGUUUCAAAGAAGGGUGGGACUAUAUGACUCAUGGCAUUCUGUGAAGUCUUGAUUAAUCCUGAACAGUAUAGACACGGUUUGGAGUAACAUAUGCUGCCGCCCUAAUAAAGAAAGACCUCGGAUGGACAACUCAGAACAUGAACUCCCGUUCUGCAUGUGUUAAAACAGUGUGGCUCUGUAGUAGAAGGGUCCAUGUGCACGCCUACAUCCUGACUUUUAGUUACAGAGUUGAAGUAAUUUUCCGGUAUACAGUGUCCAAACUUUGUGGGGCAGUAAUUAUCUAACCGUGAGGUGUUCUUUUGUUCGAUCUCGUAAAAUUCCUCCUUUCUUUGUUUUCUUUUCAGUCUUUCCAGGAGGCUGAAGGUAAGAGAACAUUCAUUAUCUUAAAGACAGACAUUAACAGACUAGGGGAAGGAUACGGAGAAAAAUUCACCCUAAUACAGUCGAUCUGAUAAGAGGUUUGACACCCUCAGUCUGUCAUGGUGUAGUCACAGUCUCGUCUCUCUAACAUCCUCUCUGGUUGACUGAAGGCGAAAGCUGCGAUGACUAAUCAUGAAACGUGUAAGAAGUCAUUCAUCCUUUUCAGUGAGAGUCUCCUGAGACUUAGAACCAGGUUUUAUGAGACAAAUCCAGAAGAGCUCAGUAUCUUUGAAUCCAACUUUUUUGUAGCAAUUUCUGAGUCAGAUUCAACCUUUAUUGUGUGAUCCUUACUGGACAAAAACAAAACAUGAAAAUGAUGCAAUUCAGAAGCCUCCAUCCUCAGUUUGAUCACGUUACACUGAAAGCAUAAAGGAUGAUAUUUAUGAACAGAUAUUCAGGUGAAGAUUGAUUAAAUAUCUUGAUUUUUAAACUCUCUCAGCAGAUGGAGCAGCAGAGAGAAAACCCGUACACAGACCUGAAGACCAGCAGCAUGUCUGCUGACUACGAUCACAUCCAGGUAUCUUCAAACAUUUCAUUCAUACGCCCAGAAUCUGAAACCUCAUCACUGUCACGAUUAUAAAAGGUUUCUGCACACACAGUUUUCUACUGUGUGAGUUCUCAUAAGUUUUUAAAGCACAAAAGUCGUUAAACAGCCUUUUAUAUGCACGUACAAACCAGGUAAUAGUGCUAAAUGUGUGUUAACGUGACAAUACAAUUCUGUGAUUGGAUGUGAAAUGUGUUUAUUUCUGUUGUUUCUUUAAUUUUCAGUGGCAGCCUAAAGUGAAGGUUACUUCUGAUGCGUCUGAAUACGAAAACUUGGAAGAAUUGAAAAGCGGAUCCAAAGGCAGUUAAAGAUUUGACGAGGAGUUUUGACUCUAGAUAAACUUUAUUUUAUGUUGGUCUUUGUCUUCUUUGCCUCCCUAACCAUGUCUGCAUUUUCUGUCUUUGUGUUAUUAUUUUGUCGACCUCCUCCUUAGAGUUUUAAAUCCCGACUAAAAUGGCUGUAAAUUAAAAAUGUUGUUUAUCAAUAAAAAAUCUUCAUAAUGUCUUUUCUGUAAAUAUUGUCACUCUUCUAGACUCUAGAAACGGUACUCUAGCGGAACGGAAAGAAGCCGGUGGAAAUUGACACAUUAACUUGAAUGGUUACGAUCAGCUACGAUCGGUGGAUACGGCCUUUUUGUAGCCGUUCUGGAUGCGGUGGAAAUUGCCCGUUAGCAUCCUAACAAAUGGCUAUAGUCUGCCCUGCCUGCCGGUCCAGUCAUCUGUGCCGCUCUUGUAUCCUGAAUAACUUAAAAAAAAUCAGUCCUCAUACCGUACGUGCUGAGCUAAUCACACCAAAACAGUUUUAUGAACCAGGCUGUAUACGUGUUUAUUUUUGCUUCAAAAAACAGAUUUUUUGGCUUAGUGUGUGUGUGGUUUCUGGUGCUUCUGCAGCCAACCUCUAGUGGACACUUGAGGAACUGCAUGAGCAAAGUUAUUUUUCCUAUACACCUGCAUCUGGGACAAAUAACUCUGAAGUGGCUUCAGGGUUGACCACCAGAUGUGUGUCCGGGACUGUAAACCUUUAUAAUUACAGAGGUAAGGGACCACAGACAUGG